AUGACUAUCCCGAAAGAUAUUCCCGAAAAGUGGUUUCCCAUCGUUCUUCCACUGCAACAGAAGAAACAACAAGGACUAGAUGCUGCUAAAACCAAGAAGAAGUGGACAGGUACUUCUGUGUUCCACUGUCACGUCAUUCAUCUGUUCUGUGUUCCACUGUCACAUCAUUCAUCUGUUCUGUGUUCCACUGUCACAUCAUUCAUCUGUCUUAUAUGCAGACUGUGCGUGUUUGUUCAUUGGAUGGGGAAAUGCGCUUUAGCUGCCAUCUAUAUUAUUUAUUGUGUUAUGUCUGAUGACAGACAGGAUCUCCUUGCUAUGUGAAUAAACCAUUCUACAUCUCUUCUCAUCUGUUUGUCAGUAUUCAGUCCCUCUCAUCCCAUGAUCUCUCACAUCUCUGCAGUGUCCCCCAGCUCCAUCACGUGUGUGUGUCUGUGUGUGUGUGUGUGUCUGUGUGUGUGUGUGUGUACGACACCAAAUUAUUUUCAUAAUUAUUAUUACCUCAGUUACUUUCACCAAAACCAGCACUUAAUGCGCUACUGCCUGUCUGUGUACAUACUCAUCCACAUAUCCCUGUCACUCAGUCACCAGUCCACUCCUCUGUCUAACCUUCUAUGUAUACAGUACAUGCUCGUAUGCACAUACACACGUACAUACGUGUGUGUGUGCUUCACUGACUCUCAGUGCCUGUCAUUUCACAGAUGAUCACUCUAUCUCUCAACACUGUCAGUGACACACACACACACACACAGGCUGAUGGAGCUUUUAACAACCUCAUCUGUCAUUAUAGAAUGCUUGACUGAAUUCUGUACCCUGUUCUUGAGAGAAAUAACUACUGCUGUGGAGUGAGAAUGUCAAUUGUAUGUUGCUCGUUAGGCCCAUAAUGUAUGAUAGUUAAUAGAAAUUCAUGACAUUGUUUCUCUGGGAGAAGGGGACAAGAGUGAGAGAAGGAGAGAGAAGGAGAGAGCUCCCCUGUGGAUCUGCCUCUCUCAUAGUAACACAGAUCCAUGCAUCACGCCUCCACUCACUCACACACACUAUCCUCUCAACAGGAUGAUCUAUGAUAAAUCUAAUCUAGUCCCUAUGCUGUAGAUGUCCCUGUGCCCCAGUAAUAGAGGUUUAAAGGCUGUAUAAUGGGCUGCUGUAUUGUGGUGCUGCGUAGCUCUGAGGCACUGUGGCUGGAGCGUGCUGCUUUAUUGUGGUGCUGCGUAGCUCUGAGGCACUGUGGCUGGAGCGUGCUGCUUUAUUGUGGUGCUGCGUAGCUCUGAGGCACUGUGGCUGGAGCGUGCUGCUUUAUUGUGGUGCUGCGUAGCUCUGAGGCACUGUGGCUGGAGCGUGCUGCUUUAUUGUGGUGCUGCGUAGCUCUGAGGCACUGUGGCUGGAGCGUGCUGCUGCGUGAGGCUGCCGGUCCCUUGAGGCUGUCAGGCAGGGAGCUGUAUAAAUGCUUAAUGGGCCGGGCUAAAGACACAAAAUGGGUUGGACCGGGACAGGCUUGGCUGGGACGAAAUGGGUUUGGAAGAGAUGCUGUGGUUGGCAGGCCUGUAUAUCUCUACCUACCUGCCUGCCAGCGGGCAUGGGGCUGUUAUAUGGGCAAUAGGGGGGUUAAUGCAGCCUGGCUAUAGAUUUAUACCAGAUGCUGGCCAAAGAAAACAACAGAAUGACCUUCAGAGAGAGAGAGAAGUGGAGGAAGGAGGGAAGGAGGGAAGGAGGGAGGGAGGAGUGGAGAGAGGAAGAGAAGGAUGUAGAUAGAGAGAGGGAUGGAGACAGCCCAAUGCUGAGUAGAUAUCAUACAGCAUCAACCAUGGCUAACACCCCCCCCCCCCCCCCCCCCUCUCUUUCUCUCUCUCUAAACCAGUUCAGAUAUUAUGAACAGUUCCAAGCCCUCAGCUGGUGAAUGUUAACUGUUGUGUCCAUGUCCUGAAGCUUGCUGCCCUAACCCUAACAUGCUCUAAAACCUGGAACAGUCGUCUAACUGGCUGUAACACCCUCCUCUUAACACUCACAGAUCUGACAGUAUGGGAGUUGACACAUUGUGAAGUCGUAUAGUAGCCUACAGCUCUCAUCUGAUCUAAAGAUAUGUAGGAUCGUAAUUUGAUCACAGCAGGAAAUGCAAACCUGUAGUGUAUUCAAGGUUUUAAAAGGCUUCUAAAGUUUGUAAUUUCCACUUAAAUAUGUCAGGCUUGAUUUGCCCUAACGAAAAAUGUAUCAACCCCUACAAAAAUGUCCAUUAAUUAUAAUCCACAUAAUAAAUCACAUUUCCUGUUGCUGCAGCAUUAUUUUGCUGCUGUGAGAAAUGGGUCAAAUUAAGAUCCUAUCUCUCACACUGACUGCCAGGAGUGUUGUGGUACAGCUCAAACAUCAAGCCUGGUGUGGGCUUCUGAGCAGAUGUGUGCAUGUUAUUGACACAACUGUUUAUACAGGGCCUAGGCUAAUAUCUUCUUAUGGUUCAUCAACUGUUUAUAUAGGACCUAGGCUAAUAUCUUCUUAUGGUUCAUCAACUGUUUGUACAGGGCCUAGGCUAAUAUAUUCUUAUGGUUAAUCAACUGUUUAUACAGGGCCUAGGCUAAUAUCUUCUUAUGGUUCAUCAACUGUUUAUAUAGGACCUAGGCUAAUAUCUUCUUAUGGUUCAUCAACUGUUUGUACAGGGCCUAGGCUAAUAUAUUCUUAUGGUUAAUCAACUGUUUAUACAGGGCCUAGGCUAAUAUCUUCUUAUGGUUCAUCAACUGUUUAUAUAGGACCUAGGCUAAUAUCUUCUUAUGGUUCAUCAACUGUUUGUACAGGGCCUAGGCUAAUAUAUUCUUAUGGUUAAUCAACUGUUUAUACAGGGCCUAGGCUAAUAUCUUCUUAUGGUUCAUCAACUGUUUAUACAGGGCCUAGGCUAAUAUCUUCUUAUGGUUCAUGUCUGCUCCAGCAUGUUGUGUAUUACUGUAAUAUGUGUAUUGUGUCUACAGUAUAAUGUAUGUGAACUGGAUGUGUAUGUGUGUAUGUGUGAAUAAACCACACUCUGUUAGUGAGUGUGAGGGCUGUGUGUUUUGGUAGAGCAGACAGGACUGUGUGUUUUGGUAAGUCAGACAGGGCUGUGUGUUUUGGUAGGUCAGACAGGACUAUGUUUUGGUAGGUCAGACAGGGCUGUGUGUUUUGGUAGGUCAGACAGGGCUGUGUGUUUUGGUAGGUCAGACAGGGCUGUGUGUUUUGGGAGGUCAGACAGGGCUGUGUGUUUUGGUAGGUCAGACAGGGCUGUGUGUUUUGGUAGGUCAGACAGGGCUGUGUGUUUUGGUAGGUCAGAUAGGACUGUGUGUUUUGGUAGGUCAGACAGGGCUGUGUGUUUUGGUAGGUCAGACAGGACUGUGUGUUUUGGUAGGUCAGGCAGGACUGUGUGUUUUGGUAGGUCAGACAGGACUGUGUGUUUUGGUAGGUCAGACAGGACUGUGUGUUUUGGUGGGUCAGACUUUGUGUUUUGGUAGGUCAGACAGGACUGUGUGUUUUGGUGGGUCAGACUUUGUGUUUUGGUAGGUCAGACAGGACUGUGUUUUGGUGGGUCAGACUUUGUGUUUUGGUAGGUCAGACAGGACUGUGUGUUUUGGUGGGUCAGACUGUGUUUUGGUAGGUCAGACAGGACUGUGUGUUUUGGUAGGUCAGACUUUGUGUUUUGGUAGGUCAGACAGGACUGAACAAGGCUAUUCCUCAGCAGGAUGAGACUAGAGGGACUGACAUGCAUGCUGCUGCACAGGAAACCACUGGUGUGUGUGUGGUUGGGGGGCUGGUUAUAGACUGGUCUGCUGACAGAGACAAACAGGAAGGAAGUUAGCAGGUGUGUACUGUAUGCUUUUUUUCUUUCGAUUCCUCUGAAACAGGACAGGGGCAGGGUUUGGCUGACCUACCUGAUUGCAGCUGUGUGUAUGUGUGUUUUGUACGCUGCAGAUGUGUGUGUAUGUGUGUUUUGUACGCUGCAGAGGUGUGUGUAUGUGUGUUUUGUACGCUGUAGAGGUGUGUGUAUGUGUGUUUUGUACGCUGUAGAGGUGUGUGUAUGUGUGUUUUGUACGCUGUAGAGGUGUGUGUAUGUGUGUUUUGUACGCUGCAGAUGUGUGUGUAUGUGUGUUUUGUACGCUGCAGAUGUGUGUGUAUGUGUGUUUUGUACGCUGCAGAGGUGUGUGUAUGUGUGUUUUGUACGCUGUAGAGGUGUGUGUAUGUGUGUUUUGUACGCUGUAGAGGUGUGUGUAUGUGUGUUUUGUACGCUGUAGAGGUGUGUGUAUGUGUGUUUUGUACGCUGUAGAGGUGUGUGUAUGUGUGUUUUGUACGCUGUAGAGGUGUGUGUAUGUGUGUUUUGUACGCUGUAGAGGUGUGUGUAUGUGUGUUUUGUACGCUGUAGAGGUGUGUGUAUGUGUGUUUUGUACGCUGUAGAGGUGUGUGUAUGUGUGCGGGGGGUUUCAUAUCUUUCAUACCUCUCUUUCACACUUCAUUGGUCAGAGCACAGACCUCUGUGUGCAUGUGUGUGUGUGCAUGUGUGUAUGUGUGUGUCACGCCCUGGCUCUGGGGACUCUUAUAUGUUGAGCCAGGGUGUUAGUUUCUAUGUGUAGUGUCUAUGUUUUGUUUUCUAUGUGUUCUUUUCUAGAUCGUGUAUUUCUGUGUUGGCCGGGGUGGUUCCCAAUCGGAGGCAGCUGUGUCUUGUUGUCUCUGAUUGGGAACCAUACUUAGGCAGCCUGUUGUGCACUUGUCAUUUGUGGGAUCUUGUUCCGUUUAGGUUUGUGUUGUAUGACCGAGGACUUCACGUUUCGUUUUGUUGUUUUGUUGUAUUGUGCAAAGUACGCAUUAAAAGAUGUACGCAUAUCACGCUGCGCCUUGGUCCACUUAUUACGACGAUCGUGACAGUGUGUGUGUAUGUGUGUGUGUAUGUGUGUAUGCGUGCUCUACUCUGGGUAAACAGAGCAGUCAUUUAAUUUUAAAAGCUCUCAUCAAUAUUAGAGGAGAGAUGGAGGCAGGGAGGAUUACUCCUAAACAUUCACUGCAUCAGCACAAAAAGCCCUCAACUCAACGUACACAUUCACCUCACCUCAACUCUACAGUCAUGACCUGUUUAUUCCCUUAGUGACCCAGGGGUCACACACACACACACACACACACACACACACACACACACCCUCCAGCGGUGGGUUAACUGUGUCAGGCCUGAGCCUGUUGGGAUGUUAAUGUUCAGAGGCACCAGGCAAACAGAGCUAAUUCCUGUUACAACAUAAUUGACCUGCCAGUCAGUGUGUGUGUGUGUGUGUGUGCGUGCGUGCGUGUCUAGCUCUAAGGGCUAUAUUGAUUUGGGAGUAUAUGUAAAUUAGAUAGGCUAAAUCAACCUCUCUCCAUCUCUAUUUUUCUGUCCAACACAGACUGUAGUUACAGAUAUUCUAUCUUAAUCUGAACAGUUUCUCACAGCAGGAAAAUAAUCCUGCAGCAACAGGAAAUGUGAAUUAUUAUGUGGAUUAUAAUUAAUGGAAAUGUUUGUAGGGGUUGAUUAUUUAUUUGUUAGGGCAAAUCAAGUCUGACAUUUUAAAGUGGAAAUUACAACAUUUAGAAGCCUUUUUAAACCUUGAAUAUACUGCAAAUUUGCCUUUCCUGCUGCACAGGAACAUGUUCUGUGACAACAGAGUGAUCAAAUUAAGAUAGAACGUCUGUAUUGAUGAAUUAGUGAUAUUGACUCGGCCUGGGAUAAUAGACUAAUUGCCCAGUUUCACACACCCCGAAAAAACACACACACACACAAAGGCAAGGUCCCUGGUAGGGAAUCCGUGGUUUAUCCCAGAGAUACUUUUGGUUAAGAUGUUUCAGAGUUAUGUUAUUGAAGUUAUGUGUUGCCUGUCUCACAGUUGUGUGUGUUUCACCAGAGGAGGAGAGGAGGGUCCGGGCCAAUGACAGAGAAUACAACGAGAAGUUUCAGUAUGCCGUAAGAGAGAUAGUUUGUGUGUUUGUGUGCGUACAUGCUUGUAUAUGUGUAUUUAUGUUUAAGUACGUUACAUGACUAAUCAUAGACCAACAUUUUCUAUUUUUAUAUUAGUAUUUCACAUUAAGAACAUCACUUCCUAUCCCCCUAUCGUCUAUAUAUCUCUAUCUCUAUAUAUUCUUUCUUUCGUUAUGUUAUUUCUUUCUUUCGGCUUCUUUGGCUUUAGGGAGGGGCGCGAGAGCGCUCAGAGCCGCUAGAGAAGAGCAACGCGCGAUCAUGAGAGAGAGAGCGAGAGGAGAUCCUUUCUUUCUUUAGGGUGAGGUCGUUCUGGCUUUCGGGCGGCGGGAGGGAUGGAGUGCUUUUCGGGCUUCUUGCGGGCUUUAGUUCUUUCUUUCCUUCUUUCUUUCUCUCUCUUCUCUCUCUCCAUCUCGACCUCUCUCUCAUCUCCACUCUCUCUCUCUCUCUCGUCUCUCUCUCUCUCUCUUCUCUCUCUCUCUCUCUCUCUCUCUCACUUCUCUCAGAUGUAACUGUAUUAUGACGUCUAAGUACAACGUCAUCACCUUUCUGCCCGUCAACCUGUUUGAACAGUUCCAGGAAGUGGCCAACACUACUUCCUCUUUCUGCUCAUACUGCAGGUAAGAGAGUGUGUGUUUCCAUAUUCAGAAUCGAUGGCAGUAAAAUUGGGUGCAGGACGGAAGCAGGGAGAAGAGGAGAAGAAGGAAAUUGAAGUGGAGGUAUGGAGGGCAUAUAGAGAUGAGACUGGGGAUAAAGAAUGGAAGGGAGGAAUGAAGACUGGAUGCUGAAAAGGGGGAUGGGGUGGAGAGGAGUGGGGAGGGGAGAGAGAGGGGCUAUCAGUUUCCACCACAUUGAACGACACAGCAGGUACAUUAUAGAGACUGCUUUAUUCUCUUACAUCCCAUCUCUCUCUCUCUCUCUCGCUCAUCUCCCCUCUCGCUCUCUCCUCUCCGCUCUCCUCUCUCUCUCUCCCCUCUCUCUCUGCUCUCCUCUCCUCUCCUCUCCUCUCCUCUCCUCUCCUCUCCUCUCCUCUCCUCUCCCUCUCUCCUCUCCUCUCUCGCCUCUCCCCUCUCCUCUCCUCUCCUCUCCUCUCCUCUCCUCUCCCUCUCCCUCUCUCUCUCGUCUCGUCCUCUCAUCUCUUGCUCGCUCUCCUCUCCCUCCUCUCCUCUCGCUCUCCUCUCUCUCUCUCUCUCUCUCUCUCUCUCACCCUCUCGUCUCUCUCCUCUCUCUCUCUCUCUGUCUCUCUCUCUCUCGUCUCUCUCUCUCUCUCUCUCUCUCUCUCUCUCUCUUUCUCUCCCCCCCCUCUCUCUCUCUCUCUCCAGUUGAGUCCCAGAUCUCGUCUCUCUCCUGGUUCACCACCAUAGUGCCUUUAGUCCUGGUGCUCAGCAUCACUGCAGUAAAGGAUGCCACCGACGACUACGUGAGUGUCUGUCAGAAACAAACACACACACGAUUAUGGCAUUUUGGGUAACAAUUAAUUGUCAUGCAAAUGGCCACGGGUAUUGUCAUUAUUGUAAUUUUUGUUGAAAAUCUUUUGAGCUUGUAAUGCAUCAUAAUGCAUCUGUAAAACAAAUUAUAUGACUCACCUAAUGAUUACAACACAGCUUUGGUGAAACCCCUGUCUCAAACACAAAUGGUUCUGACCGUUUGGAACUUUUGAAAACCUCCCGACUGUACCUUUCUGCUCCUAAAAUGAUGACCAACUUUACCCACUUCAUGUAAAAAAAAAAAAUGACAUUCUGCUAUUGAGUGAACUAUAUCUACUUGAAUAUCAAGUUGAAUGCCUUCUCCUAAAAUGAAUGUAUUAAGAUAUGCAGAUUAUGACAUUUUUUAAAAUUAAAUUAUUGUCCAUAAUUGUCGGUCGAUUAUAAGAUAAUUGUGCCAGCCCUAACACACUAUUCAAAACACACCAUAUUUGAGAAAAAAAACAACAUGUAAAUUCUUGUCUCCUUCAGUUCCGUCACAAGAGUGACAACCAGGUGAACAACCGCCAGUCUCAGGUCGUCAUCCAUGGCUCGUAAGUCUCGUCUAGUCCAGUCUACACUCGGCAAUACAGACAGGCAUGUAGUCCAGUCUACACUCAGCAAUACAGACAGGCAUGUAGUCCAGUCUACACUCACAAUACAGAGCAGCAUGUAGUCCAGUCUACACUCGCAAUACAGACAGGCAUUAGUCCAUCUUACACUCAGCAUACACAGGUCAUCUAUCCAGUCUACACUCGUCAUACGACAGUCAUCUAGUCCAGUACACUCAGCAUACAAGACAGUCAUCGGUCCAUCUACACCUCAGCAAUACAGAACAGGCAUCCUAGUCCAGUCUACACUCACAUACAGACAGGCAUCAGUCCGUCUACACUCAGCAAUACAGACCGUAACGAGUACCAGUCUACACUCAGCAAUACCGACGGCAUCUGCCAGUCUACACUCAUCCCCCACCACCGCAGACAGACAGCCAUCUAGUCCCAUCCUACACUCAGCACUCAGACAGGCAUCUAGUCCAUCUACACUCACAAUACAGACAGCAUCUAGUCCAGUCUACACUCACAAAUACAGACAGGCAUCUACGGUCCAGUCUACACUCAGCAAUACAGACAGUCAUAUAGUCCAGUCUACACUCAGCAAUAUAGACAGUCAUCUAGUCCAGUCUACACUCAGCAAUACAGACAGGCAUCUAGUCCAGUCUACACUCAGCAGUACAGACAGGCAUCUAGUCCAGUCUACACUCAGCAAUACAGACAGGCAUCUAGUCCAGUCUACACUCAGCAAUACAGACCAGGCAUCUAGUCCAGUCUACACUCAGCAAUACAGACAGGCAUCUAGUCCAGUCUACACUCAGCAAUACAGACAGUCAUCUAGUCCAGUCUACACUCAGCAAUACAGACCAGCAUCUAGUCCAGUCUACACUCAGCAAUACAGACAGUCAUCUAGUCCAGUCUACACUCAGCAAUACAGACAGGCAUGUAGUCCAGUCUACACUCAGCAGUACAGACAGGCAUCUAGUCCAGUCUACACUCAGCAAUACAGACAGUCAUCUAGUUCAGUCUACCUCAGCAUACGGACAGGCAUCUAGUCCAGUCUACACUCAGCAUACAGACAUCCUCUAUCCCAGUCUACACUCGCAAGACAGACAGGUAUCUAGUCCACGUCUACACUCAGCAAUACAGACAGGCAUGUAGUCCAGUCUACCUCCAGUACAGACCGUCAUCUAUCCCAGUCGACCUCAGCAAUACAGAGGUAUCUAGUCCCCAGUCUACACUCGCAGUAACAGACAAUAUCUAUUCCAUCUCCACUCAGGGGACAGUACAGACAGUCAUCUAGUCCAUUCUACACUCAGCAAUACAGGACAGGCAUCUAGUUCCAGUCCUACCUCAGCAGUACAGACAGGCAUCUAGUUCAGUCUACACUCAGCAUACAUACAGGUAUCUAUCCAGUCUACGACCUCAGCAUACAGACAUGUUCGAUCCGUCCGUACCUCAAGCAGUCAGACAGGUACUAUCCAGUUCUACACUCAGCAGUACAGACAUCCAUCUAGUCCAUCUACACUCAGCAAUACAGACAUCAUCUAGUCCUGUCUACACUGGCAAUACAGAAGGCAAGGUAGUCCAGUAUACACGCGGCAAUACAGACCAGCAUCUAGUCCAUUCUACACUCAAGCAAACAGACCGAAUCUAGUCCAGUUCUACACUCAGCAUACAGGCAGCAUCUAGUGCCAGUCCUACCACUCAGGCAAUACAGACAGUCAUUCUAGUUCAGUCUACACUCAGCAAUACAGACAGUCAUCUAGUCCAGUUACAUCAGCAAUACAGAACAGGCAUCUAGUCCAGUCUACACUCAGCAAUUACGACAGUCAUCUAGUCCAGUCCUACACUCAGCACACAGACCAGCAUCUAGUUCAGUCUACACUCAGCAAUACAGACAGGGCAUUCUAGUCGUCUCACUCAGCAAUACAGACAGGCCAUCUAGUCCAGUCUACACUCAGCAAUACAGGACAGCAUCUAGUCCAGUCCUCACUCAGCAAUACAGACAGGCAUCUAGUCCAGUCCCACACUCAGCAAUACAGACAGGCAUCUAGUCCAGUCUACACUCGCAAUACAGACCCAGCAUCUAGUCCAAUGUCUACCCUCAGCAAUACAGACAGGCAUCUAGUCCAGUCUACACCAGCAAUACAGACAGCAUCUAGUCCAGGCUACACUCAGCAAUACAGACAGGCAUCUAGUCCAGUCAAACUCACAAUAGCAGACAGUCUCUAGUCCCGAUCUACACUCAGCAAUAUAGACAUCAUCUAGUCCAGUCCCUACACUCAUCAAUACAGACAUUGCAUCUAGUUCCAUCUCACUCACAGUACAGACCAGGCAUCUAGUCCUCCUCACCUCAGCAAUACGCAGGCAUCUAGUCCAGUCUACACUCAGCAAUACAGACCAGCAUCUAGUCCCGUCUACACUCAGCAUACAGACAGGCAUCUAGUCUCAGUCUACACUCAGCAAUACAGACCAGUCAAUCUAGUCCAAGUCUAGACACUCCGCAAUACAGACCAGCAUCUAGUCCAGUCUACACUCGCCAUACAGACAGCUCUAGUCCAGUCUACACUCCAGCAAUACAAAAGGCCUGUAGUCCAUCUACACUCAGCAUACAGACAUGCUCUAGUCCAUCUACACUCAGCAUACAGACAGUCUCUAGUCAGUCUCCACUAGCAAUACAGACAGGCAUCUAUCCCUCUACACUCAGCAAUACAGACGUCCUCGAGUCCAGUCUACACUCAGCAAUUACAGACAGUAAUCUAGUCCAGUCUACACUCACAAUACAGACGCAUUUGUCCAGUCGAAACACUCGCAUUACAGACGUCAUCUAGUCGGUCUACACUCAGCAAUACAGAGGUAUCUAGUCCCGUCUACACUCAUCAGUACAGACAGAUAUCUAGUCCAUCUACACUCAGCAGUACAGACAUCAUCUCGUCCGUCUACACCCAAUACAGACAGGCAUCUAGUCCCAGUCUCACUCAGGCAGUACAGACAUCCCUCUUGUUCCAUCUACACUCAGCAAUACAGACAGUCUCUAGUCCGUCUACACUCAGCAGUACAGACAUUAUCUAGUCCAGUCUACCUCAGCGUCCAGACAGGUAUCUAUCCAUCUCACUCAGCAGGACAGACAGUCAUCUAGUCACAUUCUACACUCGCAAGGUACAGACCGCAUCUAUCCCAGUCUACACUCACAAUACAUACAGUCAUCGAUUCCGUCUACACUCACAUACAGACAAGUCUCUAGUUUUUCCAGUCUACACUCCAGCAAUACAGACAGCAUCUAGUCCUCUACCUCAGCAAUACAGACAGUCAUCUAGUCCCAGCUACACUCAGCAAUACAACCAUCAUCUAUUCCAGUCUACACUCAGCAAUCCAGACAGGCAUCCUAGUCCAGUUCUACACUCAGCCAAUACAGACGGCAUCUAGGUUCCAAUUCUGCACUCACAAUACAUGACAUCAUCUAGCCAUCUACACUCACAAUACAGACGUCACUGGUCCAGUCUACCCUCAGCUAGUAACGACAGUCAUGCUAUCCAGUCUACCCUCAGCAAAUACAGACAGGUAUCUAGUCCAGUCUACACUCAGCAAUUCAGAUAGUCUCUGGUCCAGUCUACACUCCACAGACAGCCGUCAUCGAGUCCCAUUCUACACUCAGCAAUACCGACAGUCAUCUGGUCCAGUCUACACUCCAACAGACGUCAUCUAUGUCCCAGUCCUACACUUAGCAUACGGGUAUCUAAUCAAGUCUACACUCCAGCAAUAUAUACAGUCUCUAGUCCAUCUAACACUCAGCAGUCAGACAGGCAUCUCGUCCAUCUACACUCAGCAUACAGGACAUCAUCUAUCCAGUCACACUCAGCAAUACGCCAGUCCAUCUAGUCCAGUCCUACACCCAAUAUAAGACAGUCAUCUAGUCCAUUCUACACUCAGCAAUUACAGACAGGAUCUAGUCCAGUCUACACUCACAAUACAGACAGUCUCUAGUCCCAGUAUACCACUCAGCAAUAACAGACAGUUCAUCUAUGUCCAGUCUACACUCAGCAGUACAGACAGGCAUCAGUCACUACUGCUACUGAUCAAUGCUCAUGCUGUUCUCAUCACACAUUGUAAGCUGUUGAUAUUUAUAAUUUAGUAUACUCCCUCUCUUUCUCUUACUCCAUUCUCAACUCUCUCUCUCUACCUCUCUACCUCUCUCUCUCUACCUCUCUCCCUCGCUUUCUCUCUCUCUCUCUCUCUCUCUCCCUCCCUCCCUCGUUUCUCUCUCUCAGUCUUCAGAAGGAGAAGUGGAUGAAUGUGAGAGUGGGUGAUAUCAUUAAACUGGAGAAUAACCAGUUUGUGGCAGUAAGUGUGUGUCGUUCAAUCAUCAACAUAAUGUAUCACACGUGCCCACACAAACACAAACACACACACACACACACACACACACACACACACACUGGUUAUGAUUAAUUUGCAACUGUUGUAAUGUACUCUGUCAUAACACAGUUUUUAUGGUGCAGUGCAAUGGUUUGAUAUACACUGCUCAAAAAAAUAAAGGGAACACUUAAACAACACAAUGUAACUCCAAGUCAAUCACACUUCUGUGAAAUCAAACUGUCCACUUAGGAAGCAACACUGAUUGACAAUACAUUUCGCAUGCUGUUGUGCAAAUGGAAUAGACAACAGGUGGAAGUUAUAGGCAAUUAGCAAGACACCCCCAAUAAAGGACUGGUUUUGCAGUUGGUGACCACAGACCACUUCUCAGUUCCUAUGCUUCCUGGCUGAUGUUUUGGUCACUUUUGAAUGCUGGCGGUGCUUUCACUCUAGUGAUAGCAUGAGACGGAGUCUACAACCCACACAAGUGGCUCAGGUAGUGCAGCUCAUCCAGGAAGGCACAUCAAUGCGAGCUGUGGGAAGAAGGUUUGCUGUGUCUGUCAGCGUAGUGUCCAGAGCAUGGAGGCGCUACCAGGAGACAGGCCAGUACAUCAGGAGACGUGGAGGAGGCCGUAGGAGGGCAACAACCCAGCAGCAGGACUGCUACCUCCGCCUUUGUGCAAGGAGGAGUAGGAGGAGCACUGCCAGAGCCCUGCAAAAUGACCUCCAGCAGGCCACAAAUGUGCAUGUGUGUGCUCAAACGGUCAGAAACAGACUCCAUGAGGGUGGUAUGAGGGCCCGACGUCCACAGGUGGGGGUUGUGCUUACAGCCCAACACCGUGCAGGACGUUUGGCAUUUGCCAGAGAACACCAAGAUUGGCAAAUUCGCCACUGUGCUCUUCACAGAUGAAAGCAGGUUCACACUGAGCACAUGUGACAGACGUGACAGAGUCUGGAGACGCCGUGGAGAACGUUCUGCUGCCUGCAACAUCCUCCAGCAUGACUGGUUUGGCGGUGGGUCAGUCAUGGUGUGGGGUGGCAUUUCUUUGGGGGGCCGCACAGCCCUCCAUGUGCUCGCCAGAGGUAGCCUGACUGCCAUUAGGUACCGAGAUGAGAUCCUCAGACCCCUUUUGAGACCAUAUGCUGGUGCGGUUGGCCCUGGGUUCCUCCUAAUGCAAGACAAUGCUAGACCUCAUGUGGCUGGAGUGUGUCAGGCCCGCCCAUUCCCCAGACCUGAAUCCAAUUGAACACAUCUGGGACAUCAUGUCUCGCUCCAUCCACCAACGCCAAGUUGCACCACAGAGUGUCCAGGAGUUGGCGGAUGCUUUAGUCCAGGUCUGGGAGGAGAUCCCUCAGGAGACCAUCCGCCACCUCAUCAGGAGCAUGCCCAGGCGUUGUAGGGAGGUCAUACAGGCACGUGGAGGCCACACACACUACUGAGCCUCAUUUUGACUUGUUUUAAGGACAUUACAUCAAAGUUGGAUCAGCCUGUAGUGUGGUUUUCCACUUUAAUUUUGAGGGUGACUCCAAAUCCAGACCUCCAUGGGUUGAUACAUUUGAUUUCCAUUGAUAAUUUUUGUGUGAUUUUGUUGUCAGCACAUUCAACUAUGUAAAGAAAAAAGUAUUUAAUAAGAUUAUUUCAUUCAUUCAGAUCUAGGAUGUGUUAUUUUAGUGUUCCCUUAAUUAUUUUGAGCAGUGUAUAUACAAGCACUUACAGGUAUUGAGAUUCAUUCAUGCUGGUUUUAAAGGCUCCCAUAAAGGCGAUGUAACACACAGCGCUCUCAUAUUUCAGCCAAACAUCUCUACGCUAAGGCUAACUUUCAGUGUACUGUACUAGUAGCGUGUUAGCGAAUGUUCGGGAAUGUGUUAGCCUUGUUAGCUAAUGCUAUCCAGCCUACGCUAGAUGGCCAUGCUAGAAAGAACAAAAGUGGCAUUAUCAGAAAUGCUACAGUAUGUUAGCGGAUGCUAAUGCUAGCUGAUAUUUCUCUUCAGGCUGACCUUCUCCUACUGUCCAGUAGUGAACCUCAUAGCCUCUGUUACAUCGAGACUGCAGAGCUAGACGGGUAAGAAUACACCAUAACAGACAGCACAUUUCAAUAAAGCACAACACAGUGAUCCUCAUGGUUUGUGAGUUCAUAAACAGUGUGUGUGUGUGUUGUGUUGUGUUUGUGCAGGGAGACCAAUAUGAAGGUGCGUCAGUCUCUGUCUGUGACUGCAGAGCUGGGAGACCCCAACAACCUGGCCUCUUUUGACGGUAGGAAGUGUCUUUCUAUUGGUCUCUUUGUUUUCACACACCAGAGGUCAGCAGGUCCAAUCUGCAGCCAAGCACUUAACGCCCACACCGCCCAGCAUCUCACACACACGCCCUCCGUUGUCAGCACUUAACACCCACAGUCUCUCUAUUCCCCCCACACACACACACACACUGGGUUUCCUCAUCAGCAUGGAUCACCCACGCACUUCUCCUCAACUGCUCAGCAGAAAACAUUACUGCAAGCAGGUUGGUCUUUGUGUGUGUGUGUGUGUUUGUGUCUGUGUGUGUGUGAGUGCGUGUGUGUGUGUGUGUCUGCGUGUCUGUGUGUGUGUGUGUGUCUGUGUGUGUGUGUCUGUGUGUUUGCUAGCACAGCACCCAUAAUAAGUCAGUUUAAUUCAAUAGUCCUAAGAUGGAGUGUGGCUGACACACUGUCUGACACACAGCUGAACACUGCCCUCUGUGGUGAUGUUGAAUCUGUAGUCAUUCCUUUUCUGAGGCUGAUGUAGUAUACAGUGUGUUGUGCUGGUGAGGUGGUUUAUAAAAGCUGUUUGUUAAGGUACUGAGGUGGUACUUCUGUCACAACCACACCUAACAGAUGGUAAGAUGAUGUUGGAGAGAACACUGUACUGUAUCGUAGCUGACCAGGUGAGGUGAUUGUGUGGCUGAAGACCUGUAUUAGCAGUAAAGUGUGUGAUAAAAGUGUAUGUCAAAGUCAAAGAGUGUGUGUGUGUGUUGCCGGUGCAGGUGAGGUGGUGUGUGAGCCUCCCAACAACAAGCUGGACAGGUUCUGUGGUCUUCUGUACUGGAGAGAUUGUAAAUACCCCCUGAGCAACCAGAACAUGUUGCUACGAGGCUGUGUCCUCCGCAACACAGAGACCUGCUAUGGACUGGUCAUCUUUGCAGGUUGGUCCUUCUGUGUGUGUGUGUGUGUUUGUGUGUGUGUGUGUGUGUGUGUGUGUGUGUGUGUGUGCCUAACCAAUUCCUCUUUCUAUAUCUCUCUGACCAGGCCCAGACACCAAGCUGAUGCAGAAUAGUGGUCGCACCAAGUUCAAACGCACAAGCAUCGACCGCCUCAUGAACACACUGGUGCUCUGGGUAGGAGACCCCACAUCUCCCCUUCUGUUUGGCCAUACUUGUUUAACAUGUAUUUCUUAUAUAAAACAAGACUAUUAUGGCCUUCUAGUUUCUCCAGAAACUGUACAUUUCUAGUUGAGCUUGACAUUUAGAAAAACAAUAAGGUACAUACAUUUAGACAUAAGCCUAAUCUUUACCCUCUCUCCCCUCUCUCUCCCCCCUCUCUCCCCCUCUCUCCCCCCUCUCUUCUCUCCCCUCUCUCUCCCCUCUCUCUCCUCCCCUCCUCUCCCCUCUCCCUCUCUCCCCCCUCUCUCUCCCCUCUCUCUCCUCCCCUCUUUCCCCCCUCCCUCUCCCCUCUCUCCCCCCUCUCUCUCCUCCCCUCUCUCCCCCCUCUCUCUCCCCUCUCUCUCCCCCCGUCCCAGAUCUUUGGCUUCCUGGUGUGUAUGGGUGUGAUCCUGGCUGUGGGGAACGCUGUGUGGGAGAGAGAGGUGGGUUCUCUAUUCCAGAGUUACCUGGCCUGGGACCUGCCUGUAGACAACUUCCUCUUCUCUGCCUUCCUCUCCUUCUGGUCCUACGUCAUCAUCCUCAACACCGUGGUGCCCAUCUCACUCUACGUCAGGUAAGGAAUAAUUUAUGUCAGGUUAUAAGCCCUCUAUGUCAGGUAAUAACAUCUCUGUGUCAGGUAAUAAGACUUCUAUGUCAGGUAAUAACACCUCUAUGUCAGGUAAUACGCCAUCUAUGUCGGGUAAUAACACCUCUAUGUCAGGUAAUAAGCCAUCUAUGUCAGGUAAUAACACCUCAAUGUCAGGUAAUAAGCCAUCUAUGUCAGGUAAUAACAACUCUAUGUCAGGUAAUAAGCCAUCUAUGUCAGGUAAUAACACCUCUAUGUCAGGUAAUAAGACUUAUAUGUCAGGUAAUAACACCUCUAUGUCAGGUAAUAAGCCAUCUAUGUCAGGUAAUAACACCUCUAUGUCAGGUAAUAAGACUUCUAUGUCAGGUAAUAACACCUCUAUGUCAGGUAAUAACACCUCUAUGUCAGGUAAUAAGCCAUCUAUGUCAGGUAAUAACACCUCUAUGUCAGGUAAUAAGACUUCUAUGUCAGGUAAUAACACCUCUAUGUCAGGUAAUAAGACUUCUAUGUCAGGUAAUAAAUCCUCUAUGACCCUUUUAGUCAAGGGAGAUUAGUGACAGUGACAGUCAAGAUGCUUCAUCAGUACUUUACUUUCUAUGGAUUCUGGAACAAGUUGAUAUUUCAAUCCACAACUCAUCCCAUUAUUUUUAGUUCGAUGACAAUAUUUUGUCAUUUAUUCUUUAUUUUUGCGCUUGUUUUGUUUUCCCUUUAUUUAGUAGCUUUGUUAAUUAGUUGAUUGUAACUUUUUUGUUUGUUUUUUUGUUAAUGUUGUCCUCAGAGCCUCCUCUGCAGGUAAGACAGAGAGUUGCAGCUGUGUUCCCUUUUUAUUGAAACAUCAUCAUUCCUCUGGUUACUUCCCCAUAAACCCUAAACUCAUCCACUGUUUGGAGUGUAACACUGUGGUGACUAAUGAUGUUAGUGAGUGGUACUGACCCACCCGGACUGAUAACUGACAAACUAAGGGCUGUUGUUUGUUAGUUUCUUUGUGUGUGUUUUUGUGUUAGUGUGUUUUUGUUUUUGUAUGUGUUGUGUGGGCUGCAAUCUAUCUGCAAUCCCAAAGAAGUUCAAGAGGGCUUGCUGUUGAAUUAUCACUAAUUUUGUAUUUCUCUCUCUCUCCCCCCUCUCUCCCUCCCUCCCUCCCUCCCUUUGGCUAUCUCCAGUGUGGAGGUGAUAAGGCUGGGUCAUAGUUACUUUAUCAACUGGGACAGGAAGAUGUUCUGUCCACGGUGUAACACAGCAGCCGAAGCCAGGACCACCACGCUCAACGAGGAACUUGGACAGGUGAGGAACAUCCUACACCAUACUGUCGUUCAUCUAUACUAGAUCCUUGUAUCUCUGUGUUGGGGAGUGUUAGCCUAAAAGCCUGUGGAUGUAGGUCCAGCACGUCUGUGGUAUCUUGAUAACCCCCCCCCCCCCCCCCCCCUUCCCCAUUGAAACAGGUGGAGUACAUCUUCAGUGACAAGACAGGAACUCUCACUCAGAACAUCAUGAGCUUCAACAAGUGCUCUAUCAAUGGACAAGCCUAUGGUGGGUAUACUACAGUAUAUACAGUGCAUUCGGAAAGUAUUCAGACCCCUUGACUUUUUCCACAUUUUGUUACAUUACAGCCUUCUUCUAAAAUGGAUUUAAAAAAUUAACAAAGCAAAAAAUUGUUUUUUGAAAUGUUUGCAAAUUUAUAAAUGAAAAAAAAACUGAAAUAUCACACGUAAGUAUUCAGACCCUUUACUCAGUACUUUGUUGAAGCACCUUUGGCAGUGAUUACAGCCUCUAGUCUUUUUGGGUAUGACACUACAAGCUUGGCACACCUGUAUUUGGGGAGUUUCUCCCAUUCAUCUCUGCAGAUCCUCUCAAGCUCUGUCAGGUUGGAUGGGGAGCGUCGCUGCACAGCUAUUUUCAGGUCUCUCCAGAGAUGUUCGAUUGGGUUUAAGUUCGGGCUCUGGCUGGGCCACUCAAGGACAUUCAGAGACUUGUCCCGAAGCCACUCCUGCGUUGUCUUGGCUGUUUGCUUAGGGUCAUUGUCCUGUUGGAAGGUGAACCUUCGCCCCAGUCUGAGGUCCUCAGCGCUCUGGAGCAGGUUUUCAUCAAGGCUCUCUCUGUACUUUGCUCCAUUCAUCUUUGCCUCGAACCUGACUAGUCUCCCAGUCCCUGCCACUGAAAAACAUCCCCACAGCAUGAUUCUGCCACCACCAUGCUUCACCGUAGGGAUGGUGCCAGGUUUCCUCCAGAUGUGACACUUGGCAUUCAGGACAGAGAAUAUUGUUUAUCAUGGUCUGAGAGUCCUUUAGGUGCCUUUUGGCAAACUCCAAGCGGGCUGUCAUGUGCCUUUUACUGAGGAGUGGCUUCCGUCUGGCCACCCUAACAUAAAGGCCUGAUUGGUGGAGUGCUGCAGAGAUGGUUGUCCUUCUGGAAGGUUCUCCCAUCGCCACAGAGGAACUCUGGAGCUCUGUCAGAGUGACCAUCGGGUUCUUGGUCACCUCCCUGACCAAGGGCCUUCUCCCCCGAUUGCUCAGUUAGGCCGGUCGGCCAGCUCUAGGAAGAGUCUUGGUGGUUCCAAACUUCUUCCAUUUAAGAAUGAUGGAGGCCACUGUGUUCUUGGGAACCUUCAAUGCUGCAGAAAUGUUUUGGUACCCUUCCCCAGAUCUCUGCCUCCACACAAUACAGUCUCGGAGCUCUACGGACAAUUCCUUCGACCUCAUGGCUUGGUUUUUGCUCUGACAUGCACUGUCAACUGUGGGACCUUAUAUAGACAGGUGUGUGCCUUUCCAAAUCAUGUCCAAUCAAUUGAAUUUACCACAGGUGGACUCCAAUCAAGUUGUAGAAACAUCUCAAGGAUGAUCAAUGGAAACAGGAUGCACCUGAGCUCAAUUUCGAGUCUCAUAGCAAAGGGUCUGAAUACUAAUGUAAAUAAGCUAUUUCUGUUUUACAUUUACAUUUACAUUUGAGUCAUUUAGCAGACGCUCUUAUCCAGAGCGACUUACAGUUAGUGAGUGCAUACAUUUUUUUUUCACUUUGUCAUUAUGGGGUAUUGUAUUUAGAUUAAUGAGGGGGAAAAAAUAUUGAAUUCAUUUUAUAAUAAGGCUGUAACGUAACAAAAUGUGGAAAAAGGGAAGGGGUCUGAAUACUUUCUGAAUGCACUGUACACGUCUAUCAGAUAUUUUUUUUUUGAACUGAUAAAAAUACACCUUAUGGAACAGAGAGGAUUGUGAAGUCACACACACAGAGGUACAAACACACACAUACAAACACACACAACAUACACGCUAUACACAUACUUCAUGUAUUGUGAAAUCUGUUGUAAAAUGUAUUUUAAUGUUACAUUUUUUUAUUAUAAUGUAUAUUACUGCCUUAAUAUUUGCUGGACCCCAGGAAGAGUAGCUGCUGCCUUGGCAGGAACUAAUGGGGAUCCAUAAUAAAUACAAAUACAAAAAUUACACACACACACAUACAAAUCAAAUCAACACACUGUCCUGGUUCACCCAUUCAAUGUUCUAGUCCUCCUUGUGGUGCUGGUUAACUCUGAGUCUAAGUGUGAGUGUGUUCUAUUGUCAGGUGAGGUGAUCGACCCGUUGGGAGCACAGCCAAAGGUGAGCAGGCGAACGUAAGACUAACAGUAUGACUAACAACCCAACAUACUGUUCAGCUUGCUCUCUGUGUCAAUGACAUCACUCUGGCACUCUGCACUUUGCUCUUUGACCAUAGGUGAAUACAAAGCAUAGUUUCUAACAAUGAGUACUACAACUGUCCUCCUUCCUCUCUUCCCCCUUCUCUCUCUCCCCUUCUCUCUCUCCAGAGGUUGGACUUCUCCUCCUUCAACCCCCUGGCGGACCCUGACUUCUGUUACUAUGACAACGGUCUGCUGAAGUCGGUGAAGCUGGGAGACCUUCACAGCCACGAGUUCUUCCGGCUGCUUUCCCUCUGUCACACCGUCAUGAGUGAGGAGAAGAAGGAGGGUGAGAGAGAGAGGGAGGGAGGGAAGGAAGGAGAGGGAGGGUGAGAGAGAUAGAGGGAGGGAUAGAAGGAGGGUGAGAGAGAGCGGGAGAGAUGGAGAGAUGGAGGGAGAAGGAGGGUGAGAGAGAGAGAGAUGGAUGGGAGGGAGGGUUAGAGAGGGAUAGAGGGAGGGAUGCUCUCUCUAAUUCUCUCGUUCUCUCUUUCUCUCUGAGAACCUGAGCCCUAGGACCAUACGUCAGGACUACCGGGCAUGCUGACACCUUGCUGUCCCCAGUCCGCCUGGCCUUGCUGCUAUUCCAGUUUCAACUGUUCUGCCUGCGGUUACGAAACCCCUACCUGUCCCAGACCUGCUGUUUUCAACUCUAAUGAUCGGCUAUGAAAAGCCAACUGAGAGACCUGGCCCUAGGACCAUACGUCGGGACUACCGGCCGUGGUGACUCCUUGCUGUCCCCAGUCCGCCUGGCCUUGCUGCUAUUCCAGUUUCAACUGUUCUGCCUGCGGUUAUGGAACCCCUACCUGUCCCAGACCUGCUGUUUUCAACUCUUAAUGAUCGGCUAUGAAAAGCCAACUGAGAUUUAUUCCUGAUUAUUAUUUGACCAUGCUGUCACUUAUGAAACAUUUUUGAACAUCUUGGCAUGGUUCUGUUAUAACCUCCACCCGGCACAGCCAGAAGAGGACUGGCCACCCCUAUAGCCUGGUUCCCUCUAGGUUUGGCUUUAGGGGUUUGAAGGUUUACACUGUAAGGUAGGGGUCGUACAGACUCGGAUAUGAGUGAUAGAGCUUUAAAAAAAUGAUUGAAAUUGAUGAAGAGAGGGAGAGAUAGGGGAAAGGAUGGAGAGGAUAAAUAAUCAUUUAUUAAGUUGAACUUCUAAUUAUAGUCCAUGUUUUUAAAGCUGCAAUAUGUAUUUAUUUGAGCAACCCAACCAAAUUCACAUAGAAAUCUGAGUCUGUGGUCUGUGGUCCUCUGUAGCUCAGCUGGUAGAGCACGGCGCUUGUAACGCCAAGGUAGUGGGUUCGAUCCCCGGGACCACCGCAUACACAAAAUUAUGCACGCAUGACUGUAAGUCGCUUUGGAUAAAAGCGUCUGCUAAAUGGCAUAUUAUUAUUAUAUUAUUUUAUAAAUCUUCUCAUUGAAAGAAAUCUAUUCUAUGUGCGCAAUAUUUAUGCUUCCCUUUCUUAAGUUUUGUUUUGGCGUCUUUUGCUUUCAGUUUUGUACACCAGCUUCAAACAGCUGAAAAUACUGAACAAAAAUAUAAACGCAACAUGCAACAAUUUAAACGAUUUUACUGAGUUACAGUUUAUAUAAGGUAAUCAGUCAAUUGAAAUAAAUUCAUUAGGCACUAAUCUAUGGAUUUCACAUGACUGGGGAGGGGCGCAGCCAUGGGUGUACUUGGGAGCCAGGCCCACCCACUGGGGAGCCAGGCCCAGCCAAUCAGAAUGAGUUUUUCCCCACAAAAGGGCUUUAUUACAGACAGCUGUCAGGGUGGCUGGUCUCAGACGAUCCCGCAGGUGAAGAAGCCGGAUGUAGAGGUCCUAGGCUGGCGUGGUUACACGUGGUCUGUGGUUAUGAGGCCGGUUGGACGUACUUCCAAAUUCUCUAAAACGACGUUGGAGGCUGCUUAUGGUAGAAAAAUGAACAUUCAAUUCUCUGGCAACAGCUCUGGUGGACAUUCCUGCAGUCAGCAUGCCAAUUGCACGCUCCCUCAAAACUUGAGACAUCUAUGGCAUUGUGUUGUGUGACAACACUGCACAUUUUAGAGUGGCCUUUUAAUUUCCACAGCACAAGGUGCACCUGUGUAAUGAUCAUGCUGUUUAAUCAGCUGCUUGAUAUGUCACACCUGUCAGGUGGAUGGAUUAUCUUGGCAAAGGAGAAAUCCUCACUAACAGGGAUGUGACAUAUGCAGUGCCUUGCAAAAGUAUUCAUCUCCCUUGGCGUUUUUCCUAUUUUGUUGCAUUACAACCUGUAAUUUAAAUUGAUUUUUAUUUGGAUUUCAUGUAAUGGACAUACACAAAAUAGUCAAAAUUGGUGAAGUGAAAUGAAACCAAUUCUAAAAAAUAAAUAAUGAAAAAGUGGUGCGUGCAUAUGUAUUCACCCCCUUUGCUAUGAAGCCCCUAAAUAAGAUCUGGUUCAACCAAUUAUCUUCAGAAGUCACAUAAUUAGUUAGAUUGCACACAGGUGGACUUUAUUUAAGUGUCACAUGAUCUGUCACAUGAUCUUAGUAUAUAUACACCUGUUCUGAAAGGCCCUAGAGUCUGUAACACCACUAAGCAAGGGGCACCACCAAGCAAGCGGCACCAUGAAGCGGCACCAUGUUGUGGAGAAGUGCAGAUCAGGGUUGGGUUAUAAAAAAAUAUCAGAAACUUUGAACAUCCCACGGAGCACCAUUAAAUCCAUUAUUUUAAAAAAUGGAAAGAAUAGCACCACAACAAACCUGCCAAGAGAGGGCCGCCCACCAAAACUCAUGGACCAGGCAAGGAGGGUAUUAAUCAGAGAGGCAACAAAGAGACCAAAGAUAACCCUGAAGGAGCUGCAAAGCUCCACAGCAGAGAUUAGAGUAUCUGUACAUAGGACCACUUUAAGCCGUACACUCCACAGAGCUGGGCUUUAUGGAAGAGUGGCCAGAAAAAAGCCAUUGCUUAAAGAAAAAAAUAAGCAAACAUGUUUGGUGUUCGCCAAAUGGCAUGUGGAAGACUCCCCAAACAUAUGGAAGAAGGUACUCUGGUCAGAUGAGACUAAAAUUGAGCUUUUUGGCCAUCAAGGAAAACGCUAUGUCUGGCGCAAACCCAACACCUCUCAUCACCCCGAGAACACCAUCCCCACAGUGAAGCAUGGUGGUGGCAGCAUCAUGCUGUGGGGAUGUUUUUCAUCGGCAGGGACUGGGAAACUGGUCAGAAUUGAAGGAAUGAUGGAUGGCGCUAAAUACAGGGAAAUUCCUGAGGGAAACCUGUUUCAGUCUUCCAGAGAUUUGAGACUGGGAAGGAGGUUCACCUUCCAGCAGGACAAUGACCCUAAGCAUACUGCUAAAGCAACACUUGAGUGGUUUAAGGGGAAACAUUUAAAUGUCUUGGAAUGGCCUAGUCAAAGCCCAGACAUCAAUCCAAUUGAGAAUCUGUGGAAUGACUUAAAGAUUGCUGUACACCAGCAGAACCCAUCCAACUUGAAGAAGCUGGAGCAGUUUUGACUUGAAGAAUGGGCAAAAAUCCCAGUGGCUAGAUGUGCCAAGCUUAUAGAGACAUACCCCAAGAGACUUGCAGCUGUAAUUGCUGCAAAAGGUGCCUCUACAAAGUGUUGACUUUGGGGGGGGGUGAAUAGUUAUGCACGUUCAAGUUUUCUGUUUUUUUGUCUGAUUUCUUGUUUGUUUCACAAUAAAAAAAUAUUUUGCAUCUUCAAAGUGGUAGGCAUGUUGUGUAAAUCAAAUGAUACAAACCUCCAAAGUUGCCAAGGGGGGUGAAUAUUUUCGCAAGCCACUGUAAACAAAUUGGUGCACAACAUUUUAGAGAAAUAAGCUUUUUGUGCGUAUGGAACAUUUCUGGGAUCUUUUAUUUCAGUUACAUGUUGCAUUUAUAUUUUUGUUCAGUGUAUAUUUUUGGUUAUGGAAAAUAUAUUUCACAGCGGUUUAGACGGUACAAUGAUUCUCCACACUACACUUGCUUGUUUUGUCACAUAAACUGAUAUUAGGCGAACUAUUAGAAUUUUAUCAACCAGGAAAUGGAGUGAUUUUUACAUAGUGCAUCUUUAAAGCAUGUUGUGUUUUGUGUUUAAUAUAUACUGUAUUCCUCUCUUCUCUCUCGUCGUCCUAGGUCGAUGCUCUCGUAUCUAUCUCUUCUCGUAGAUAUAGAUGAGCGAUCUCAUAGAGCUAUGCGAGACUCUCAUCAGCGUCUGAUCUCUAUCUCGCUAUCUCUCUCUCUCUCUCUUCUCUCUCUCUCAUCUCUCUCGUCUCUCUCUCUCUCUCGUCUCUUCUCUCUCUCUCUCUCUCUUCUCUACUCUUCUCGAGAGUCUGGUGUAUAAUCCUGGCUCUCUCCCCCCUCUCAGUCUCCUCACUCUCCUCUUCUCUCUUCCUCUAGGAGAGUGGGUUAGGCCCAGUCUCCAGUAGGUGGUGUGACAGCAGCCAGGAACUUUGGUUUUGUGUUCCGGUCUAGAACCCCUGGUACUAUCACUGUGACAGAACUGGGCCGACCCGUCACAUACACACUGCUGGCCAUCCUCGACUUCAACAACAUCCGCAAGAGGAUGUCCGUUAUAGGUACACACAAGCAUGCAUACGCACGCACACACCUUGGCGCACACACACACCUUGGCGCACACACACACACGACAUAGACACACACACGCACACACACCUUGACGUACGGCAGUUCAACAACUUACGCAAGAGCAAAAUAAAACAAAUACAAAAUUAAACACAGGGGAAAUCUGUUAUAGGUACACUCACACACAUCUUUACAUACUGUACAAUAAUAUACAGGAGGAUUUGUUAUAGCCUACGAAACACACAUUCUCACUCACAUCCACUCCCAUACAUGCAGUGAGGAGUGCUUGUUGUUUCUAGACUAGAGUCUUUGCAGUAAAUUGAAGGACAGUGAAAUAGGUAUUUGCUAUGGAUACAGGUCAUAUUAAAGUAUGUCUCUGUGUCUCCUGUCUGCAGUGCGUAACCCAGAUCACAUUAAAUUAUGUCUCUGUGUCUCUGUCUGCAGUGCGUAACACAGAUCAUAUUAAAGUAUGUCUCUGUCUGCAGUGCGUAACCCAGAUCAUAUUAAAGUAUGUCUCGUCUGCAGUGAUACCCGAUCAUAUUAAAGUAGUCUCUGUCUGCAGUGUGUAACCCAGAUCAUAUUAAAGUAUGUCUCUGUCUGCAGUGCAUAACCAGAUCAUAUUAAAGUAUGUCUCUGUCUGCAGUGCGUAACCCAGAUCAUAUUAAAGUAUGUCUCUGUCUGCAGUGCGUAACCCAGAUCAUAUUAAAGUAUGUCUCUGUCUGCAGUGCAUAACCCAGAUCAUAUUAAAGUAUGUCUCUGUCUGCAGUGCGUAACCCAGAUCAUAUUAAAGUAUGUCUCUGUCUGCAGUGCGUAACCCAGAUCAUAUUAAAGUAUGUCUCUGUCUGCAGUGCGUAACCCCGAGGGGAGGAUCCGUCUAUACUGUAAAGGAGCUGAUACUCUGCUGUUUGAGAGGCUCCACCCCUCCAACCAUCACCUGAUGAACAUCACAACAGAUCACCUUAAUGUGAGUUACAAACACACACUGAAACACACACACACAGACACACACACUAACACAUACAGACACACACACACACACACACACACACACACACACACACACACAGAGACACACACAUACACACAGAGACACACACACACACACAAAUAGAGACACACACACGUGCAGUCAUAUACAGUGAGGGAAAAAAGUAUUUGAUCCCCUGCUGAUUUUGUACGUUUGCCCACAUGACAAAGAAGUGAUCAGUCUAUAAUUUGAAUGGUAGGUUUAUUUGAACAGAGAGACAGAAUAACAACAAAACAAUCCAGAAAAACGCAUGUCAAAAAUGUUAUAAAUUGAUUUGCAUUUUAAUGAGGGAAAUAAGUAUUUGACCCCCUCUCAAUCAGAAAGAUUUAUAGCUCCCAGGUGUCUUUUAUACAGGUAACGAGCUGAGAUUAGGAGCACACUCUUAAAGGGAGUGCUCCUAAUCUCAGCUUGUUACCUGUAUAAAAGACACCUGUCCACAGAAGCAAUCAAUCAAUCAGAUUCCAAACUCUCCACCAUGGCCAAGACCAAAGAGCUCUCCAAGGAUGUCAGGGACAAGAUUGUAGACCUAGGCUGGAAUGGGCUACAAGACCAUCGCCAAGCAGCUUGGUGAGAAGGUGACAACAGUUGGUGCGAUUAUUCGCAAAUGGAAGAAACACAAAAGAACUGUCAAUCUCCCUCGGCCUGGGGCUCCAUGCAAGAUCUCACCUCGUGGAGUUGCAAUGAUCAUGAGAACGGUGAGGAAUCAGCCCAGAACUACACGGGAGGAUCUUGUCAAUGAUCUCAAGGCAGCUGGGACCAUAGUCACCAAGAAAACAAUUGGUAACACUACGCCGUGAAGGACUGAAAUCCUGCAACGCCCGCAAGGUCCCCCUGCUCAAGAACGCACAUAUACAGGGCCGUCUGAAGUUUACCAAUGAACAUCUGAAUGAUUCAGAGGAGAACUGGGUGAAAGUGUUGUUGUCAGAUGAGACCAAAAUGGAGCUCUUUGGCAUCAACUCAACUCGCCGUGUUUGGAGGAGGAGGAAUGCUGCCUAUGACCCCAAGAACACCGUCCCCACCGUCAAACAUGGAGGUGGAAACAUUAUGCUUUGGGGGUGUUUUUCUGCUAAGGGGACAGGACAACUUCACCGCAUCAAAGGGACGAUGGACAGGGCCAUGUACCGUAAAAUCUUGGGUGAGAACCUCCUUCCCUCAGCCAGGGCAUUGAAAAUGGGUCGUGGAUGGGUAUUCCAGCAUGACAAUGACCCAAAACACACGGCCAAGGCAACAAAGGAGUGGCUCAAGAAGAAGCACAUUAAGGUCCUGGAGUGGCCUAGCCAGUCUCCAGACCUUAAUCCCAUAGAAAAUCUGUGGAGGGAGCUGAAAGUUCGAGUUGCCAAACGUCAGCCUCGAAACCUUAAUGACUUGGAGAAGAUCUGCAAAGAGGAGUGGAACAAAAUCCCUCCUGAGAUGUGUGCAAACCUGGUGGCCAACUACAAGAAACGUCUGACCUCUGUGAUUGCCAACAAGGGUUUUGCCACCAAGUACUAAAUCAUGUUUUGCAGAGGGGUCAAAUACUUAUUUCCCUCAUUAAAAUGCAAAUCAAUUUAUAACAUUUUUGACAUGUGUUUUUCUGGAUUUUUUUGUUGUUAUUCUGUCUCUCACUGUUCAAAUAAACCUACCAUUAAAAUUAUAGACUGAUCAUGCCUUUGUCAGUGGGGUCAAAUACUUAUUUCCCUCAUUAAAAUGCAAAUCAAUUUAUAACAUUUUUGACAUGCAUUUUUCUGGAUUUUUUUGUUGUUAUUCUGUCUCUCACUGUUCAAAUAAACCUACCAUUAAAAUUAUAGACUGAUCAUGUCUUUGUCAGUGGGCAAACGUACAAAAUCAGCAGGGGAUCAAAUACUUUUUUCCCUCACUGUACACAAUUUCGAUCAGAGUUCCUAGUCAGCCUAUCACAGCUCUCUUUUAUACAAGUAGCACCACUGCCCUCUGGUGGUUAAAUGUUUUCCUGCACACUACACUAGCCUACAGUAGAUGAAUGUUUUUCAAUUCUUAAAUUCCCUUGUGUGUGUAGGAGUAUGCUGGGGACGGUCUGAGGACCCUGGCCCUGGCCUACAGAGACCUGUCAGAGGAGCAGUGGGAGGAGUGGUCAGAGAGACACCGCCAAGCAGACAGAUCUACAGACUGUAGAGAGGACAGACUGGCUGACACAUACGAACACAUAGAACAGGACAUGAUGGUACCACGCUGUGUGUGUUUGUAUGUGUGUGUGUGUUUGUGUUGUCUGUGUGUGUGUGGGGGUGGUGUCUGCAUGUGUGAGUGUGUGUGUGCACGGUGGGGUGGGGGGGGGGUUCAGCGUGUGUGUGUGUGUGCGUGAGCAUGUGUGUCCUCUCUGUAACAUCACUGGCACCUAAAUAAAUUCCUAUCAACUUCUGUAAUUGGCAAUAAAGUUCUAUUUUACUCUGCUCUAUUCUACUCUAGCUCCUGGGUGCCACAGCCAUAGAGGAUAAGCUACAGGAGGGAGUUCCAGAGACCAUCGCUAUCCUCUCUCUCGCUAACAUCAAGAUCUGGGUCCUCACGGGAGACAAACAGGGUGAGACACACAAACACACAGACACACACUGGAUGGUUUUAUGGAAAAUAGAGCUGGCUAUUUCAAACUAGAAUAAACACUAAACCUUUCCUUUCCCUUUUCACUCCUCUUCUUCUCUCUCUCUCUCUCUCUCUCUCUCUCUGUCUCUCUCUCUUUCUGUCUCUCUCUCUAUCUCACUCACUCUCACUCAGAGACAGCAGUUAAUAUAGGUUACUCCUGUAAGAUGCUGACUGGUGAUAUGACUGAGGUGUUCAUCAUCAGUGGACAGACAGUGCUGAGUGUUAGAGAGGAACUCAGGUUCAUCUAACUAGCGCUACGAGCCGCCGCCAGCGAGCUCCGAGGCGCCCGAGCCCGAGCGCGCGAGCGCGAAGCGAGCCGCGAUCCGCCCGCGAGCCAGCGAGCGCAUUCUACCCCAGCUCUAUCGGCGGGCCGCCCCUAUCAUCAGAGCUCGAUUCCGCCUCUAUCGCUAGCUCCUAUUCGCCCUAUCGAUCAUCAGCAUCUCUUAUUCCUCUCCCUAGCUAGUCCUCCUCUUCCAUCUAUCUCUCUAUUCCUCCCUCUAUCCAUCUAUCUCUCUAUUCCUCCCUCUAUCCAUCUAUCUCUCUAUUCCUCCCUCUAUCCAUCUAUCUCUGGAUUCCUCCCUCAUCCAUCUUUUAAUCAACCAUUCACACUCAUCUCUCUUUCCUUUCCUGUCAUUUCUCCUCGUUAUUAUUUCUUCUCUUUCUCUCCAGGAGAGCGAGGGAGAGGAUGAUAGAGUUUGCCCGUACAAGAGAGGGAGGAAAGGAGGAGAGGAUGGAGGGAUGGGGCGAAGCCUGUUCUCUGGGGAAUGGCUUUUGGGGAGGAGGGGGGGACGGGGGAGUGGGGGGGAGAGAGUGGCCCUCCGUGGGGGAGAAACAGCAGCCGUGUCCCCCUCCCCCUGGCCCUCCUCCCCCUCGACCCCCCUCCUCCACCACGCUAGACUCCAUAUCUGGAGAGUUCGCCCUCGUCAUCAACGGACAUAGCCUGGUGAGACAACACACACACUGACACCAAUGAUAUAUGUAAACCCUGGAUUGCUGUUAUUAUGUAAUGGCCAAUGAGAGGCUUUGAAGCCACUGGUCGGCCAUAUUGGCACUCCCCAGAAGGAGCAGUCCUCCAUUAAAAUUAAAGUUGUACAUUAUUUCGAGGAUAAAAUUACAUGUAAGUAUUUAAGUAUUUUUGUUGUUGUAGUGGGGACAGUAAAAUUAUACUUUAAGUAAAAUGUUUUAUAUAUAUUUUUAAAUGUUUAGCUCAGAUAAUAUAAUUUAAAAGUAUGCAUUAAGGUGUCUGUAAUAUAAUAAAUAUGGCAAAAACAAAUGUAGACAUUAGUAAAUGCAUUUCUAUAGCUUCCAAAAUAUUUUUUACACUGGUGAGGGAGUGCCAAGAUGGAGACGCGGUGGCUUCAAAACAACUGCCUUAGUAAUCUAGUGGAUAUAUAAAUAAUUGACUCAAACACAAGGUAUACAAACACUUCUACACUGGACACACUACCUGUGCAAUAUAAAAAAUGUCAACAUGAAAAGUUAUCUUUCUUUCUUUCUUUCUUUCUUUCUUUCUUUCUUUCUUUCUUUCUUUCUUUCUUUCUUUCUCUCUCUCUCCCUCCCUCUCCUUCUCUCUCUGUCUGUGUCAGGCCCAUGCGUUGGAGGCUGAUAUGGAGGGGGAGUUUGUGUCGACAGCGUGUGCCUGUAGAGCAGUGAUCUGCUGCAGGGUGACUCCCCUACAGAAAGCCCUGGUGGUGGAGCUCAUCAAGAAACACAAGAAGGCUGUCACACUGGCCAUAGGAGACGGGGCUAACGAUGUUAGCAUGAUCAAGAGUAAGUUAGAGGGAUGGAGGAGAGGAUGUCAGAUGAUGGAUGGAGGAAGGGAGAUGAGAGGAGAGGAUGUCAGAGGAUGGAUGGAGGAAGGGAGAUGAGAGGAGAGGAUGUCAGAUGAUGAUGGAGGAAGGGAGAUGAGAGGAGAGGAGAGGAUGUCAGAGGAGGGAUGGAGGAAGGGAGAGUGACAGAGGUGCUUGGCAGAGAUGAUGACAGAGAGGUAGAGAUGGGAAGAAUUGAGUGGGAGAGAGAGAAGGGGAACGAGGAGAUAUAUUGAAGUAAAAGUGCUCUGGCAGCACAGUCUAUUUGGAAGUUAAUGGAAAGUCCCCAGAAUCCCCACUUUAUCUGUUUAUGUGUAGUUCUCUCUCCCUAGGUCCUCUUUUCUCACGCCUCACCAUGUCUUUCACAAUUGUGUGUAUGUAUGUGUGCCUGCAUGCAUGCACGUGUGUACGUGUGUGUGUGUGUGUGUAUGAAAAGCAGAAGAGAGGAGGCCUCUGAGGAAAGAGAGGUCCUUGUGGUUUCACAUCCUGUUUUCUGGGCUCGACACCAUGUCCUUGGAGACAUUACUCAACCUGUGAGCGAUUACUCAACUUGUUGACUGGUUACCAAACCUGAAUCUGAGGACAGAGCAUAGCAGGCUUCUGUGCCAGCCCAGCACUAACACACCUGAUGAUUACACUUUUCAAUUGUCUACAGUUGCUCCCUGUCCUUGGCUCGUCUCCUAUAUCCUAUAUUAACUGUUUCUCGCUCUCCCCCCCUCUCCCCCCCCUCUCUCGCUCUCUCUCAACCCCCUCCCCCUCCCAGCGGCUCAUAUAGGAGUGGGUAUCAGUGGUCAGGAGGGCAUCCAGGCAGUGCUGGCGUCUGACUACUCCUUCUCCCAGUUCCGCUUCCUCCAGCGCCUGCUGCUGGUCCAUGGGCGCUGGUCCUACCUCCGCAUGUGUCGCUUCCUCUGCUACUUCUUCUACAAGAACUUUGCCUUCACCAUGGUGCACUUCUGGUUUGGCUUCUUCUGUGGCUUCUCUGCCCAGGUGAGAGGUCAGGGGUGAGGGAUCAGGAACAGUGGUUUAGAGGUGAGGGGUAAGGGUUUUAUAGGUUGGGUUGAGAUAAAUAACUUUGCCUUCACUGUCGAAAGACCGCGUUAGGAACUAUAAGGAUUGAACUGAAGACUCAUGGGGCAUGAUGUUAGAUUGGGGCUUAAAUGGGGUGAGGUUAUCUCCCGAGUGGUGCAGCGGUCUAAGGCACUGCAGUACUUGAGGCGUCACUACAGAUCCGGGUUCGAUCCCGGGGCCUCGACCGGGAGACCUAUGAGGCGACGCACAAUUGGCCCAGCGUCAUCCGGGUUAGGGGAGGGUUUGGCCGGCCGGGAUGUCCUUGUCCCAUCGCGCUCUAGCGACUCCUGUGGCGUGCUGGGCGCAUGCACGCUGACACGGUCGCCAGUUGUACGGUGUUUCCUCCGACACAUUGGUGCGGCUGGCUUCGGGGUUAAGCGAGCAGUGUGUCAAGAAGCAGUGCGGCUUGGCAGGGUCGUGUUUCGGAGGACGCAUGGCUCUCGACCUUCGCCUCUCCCGAGACCGUACAGGAGUUGGAGCGAUGGGACAAGACUGUAACUACCAAUUGGAUAUCACGAGAGGUUGUCGUUCUUACUGUGUCUCUCUCUCCCUUCCUCCCACACUCUCUCUCUCCCUCUCCCUCUCCCUCUCCCUCUCCCUCUCCCUCUCCCUCUCUCUCUCCCUCUCCCUCUUUCCCUCUCCCUCUCUCUCUCUCUCUCGCUCUCUCUCUUCCAGACGGUAUAUGAUCAGUACUUCAUCACUCUCUAUAACAUCGUCUACACCUCUCUCCCUGUGCUGGCCAUGGGAAUAUUUGACCAGGUGAGUCUCCCACGCACACACACUCUGUACCCUUUGACCCCUGACCCUUGACCCCUGGUUGUUCCUCUUUCCCCCUGUCUGUAGGACGUCCCAGAGCAGCGUAGUCUGGAGUAUCCUAAGCUGUAUGAGCCAGGUCAGCUCAACCUGCUGUUCAACAAGAGAGAGUUCUUCAUCUGUAUAACCCAGGGUAUCUACACUAGUGUUGUGUUGUUCUUCGUACCCUAUGCCAUCCUGUCCCACGGCACCCAGGGCACCGGGGAACCCCUCGCCGACUACCAGACCUUUGCUGUUACCACGGCCACCGCCCUCGUCAUUGUCGUCAGUGUGCAGGUGAGCGGGGGGGUAGGACUGUAGUAUUCACUUCCUGUAGGCAACAUGUGUGUUUGAAGGUUUAUUACAUAUGAUAAACCGGGUAGUUUGGGUCCUGGAUGAAACAGCAUUUCAGCCAUGUGUAUAUCAGACAAUAUACCACGGGUAUUACGCUAAAGUACUUGUUUACUUUUCUAUUUACAUUGGUAACCAGUUUAUAAUAGCAAUAAGGCACCUCUGGAGUUUGUGGUAUAUGGCCAAUAUACAACGGCUAAGGGCUGUUCUUACGCACGACACAACUCAGAGUACAACCUGGAUACAGCCGUUAGUCGUGGUAUAUUGGCCAUAUACCACAAACCCCUGAGGUGCCUUAUUGCUAUUAUAAACUGGUUACCAACGUAAUUAGAACAGUAAACAAGUACUUUAGCGUAAUACCCGUGGUAUAUUGUCUGAUAUACACGCGGCUGUUUAAAAUGUUCGGUUAUACCCAUGGUAUACGGUCUGAUAUACCACGGCUUUCAGCCAAUCAGCAUUCAGGGCUCGAACCACCCGAUUAUAAACUGGGUUGUUCGAGCCCUGAAUGCUGUUUGGCUGAAAGCCGUGGUAUAUCAGACCGUAUACCAUGGGUAUGACAAAACAUGUAUUUUUACUCUUCUAAUUACUCUGCGUUGUAUACAGCCCAUAUACAAUACCACAUCCCCUCAAGCCUUAUUGCUUAAAUCUCUCUCUACCUCUGCUUGUGUGUGUGUGUGUGUGUGUGUGUGUGUGUGUGUGUGUGUGUGUGUGUGUGUGUGUGUGUGUGUGUGUGUGUGUGUGUGUGUGUGUGUGUGUGUGUGUAGAUUGCUCUUGACACAGGCUACUGGACGGCCAUCAACCAUUUCUUUGUGUGGGGCUCUGUGGGCUCCUUCUUCACCAUCAUGUUGGCCAUGCACAGCCAGACUCUGUUCAGCAUCUUCCCCAACCAGUUCCACUUCAUAGGCAGUGCCCAGAGCACACUGGUCCAGCCGCUGGUGUGGCUGACCAUCGCCUUGGCCACAGUGAUCUGCAUCGUUCCAGUUCUGGCCUUCCGCUUCCUCAAACUGGACCUGAAACCACAGCUCUCUGACACGGUGACAACACUAAGCUUCUGGUCACACUCACACAGCUCUCUGACACGGUGACAACACUAAGCUUCUGGUCACACUCACACAGCUCUCUGACACGGUGACAACACUAAGCUUCUGGUCACACUCACACAGCUCUCUGACACGGUGACAACACUAAGCUUCUGGUCACACUCACACAUUUCACACACACUGUACAUUCCUCCUCCCUCCUUGAUCCAACACAUCAUCACAUAAUCACUGAUCCUAAUCACUAACCACUGAUCCUAAUCACUAACCACUGAUCCUAAUCACUAACCACUGAUCCUAAUCACUAACCACUGAUCCUAAUCACUAACCACUGAUCCUAAUCACUAACAUUACAUUUUACAUUUACGUCAUUUAGCAGACGCUCUUAUCCAGAGCGACUUACAUGAGCAAUUAGGGUUAAGUGCCUUGCUCAAGGGCACAUCGACAGAUUUUUCACCUAGUCGGCACGGGGAUUAGAACCAGCGACCUUUCGGUUACUGGCACAACGCUCUUAACCACUAAGCUACCUGCCGCCCGGCUACUAACCUAACCUAACCGCUAAGCUACUAACCACUGAUCCUAAUCACUAACCACUGAUCCUAAUCACUAACCACUGAUCCUAAUCACUAACCACUGAUCCAACACAUUGGAUAGGUGAAAACAGGGAAUUUAAAUUAAAUUCAGUCGUGAAAUCAGUGGAAGGGAUGAAGAAAGGAUGCUGGCUCAUGACCACUUCUUUAUGAUACACUGUUCCUAUCUCAAAGUCUUUCAGGGCUCAUCUACAUCAGUCUGACUCAGUCUGACCUUCAGUCUGACUUUCAGUCUGAAUUUCAAUCUGACCUUCAAUCUGUUCUUCAAUCUGAACUGCAGUCUGUACUUCAGUCUGACCUUCAGUAUGACCUUCAGUACAACCUUCAGUAUGACCUUCAAUCUGACUUUCACCCUGACCUUCAAUCUGACUUUCAACCUGACCUUCAGUCUAUUUUCAGUCUGAAUUUCAGUCUGACUUUCAAUCUGACCUUCAGUAUGAUAUUCAAUCUGACUUUCAAUCUGACCUUCAGUCUGAUCUUCAAUCUGACCUUCAGUCUGUUCUUCAGUCUGAUCUUCAGUCUGACCUUCAGUCUGACCUUCAAUAUGUUAUUCAGUCUGACCUUUAGCCUGACCUUCAGCCUGACCUUCAAGCUGACCUUCAGUCUGAUCUUCAAUCUGACCUUCAGUCUGUUCUUCAGUCUGAACUUCAGUCUGUCCAUCAGUUUGUCCAUCAGUCUGAUCUUCAGUCUGUCUAUCAGUCUGUCCAUCAGUCUGUCAGCCAUGCCUCCUGUCUUCUCUCUAUACUAUUGUGAUUCUGUCUGUUUGUCUCUUCAUUGCUGUGACUGAAAUCAGACCAAUGUCCCCUAACUCUACCAAUGAUUAACUGUUUGUGCGUAUGCCACCGCUCUCUGUAUCCCGUAACAUCUCUUCUAUGUAAAUAUUGACUCAGAACGAGUCUGUGUCUAACCUACAGAUAUUAAUAUACCUUAAUACCCUCUAGAACAGCUGUCCCUAUCACCUUAUAAUACGUCAUUAUUACUAGGGUUUAAUGUUCUCCUGAAACAUUCUACACGUUUUCCUUCCCGAGAAAAUUGCAACCAUCCCGGUAAUAUCCCGGUAUUCCUGUUCAAACCGGAAAUGCUAUUUAAAAGCAUAUAACACCAGCUAAAUAAAUCUAACAUGAUUAUACCACUGUAAAUUGAGAAAUACGGACAAUAAUCGAAUGGUUUCUUGUUGUAUUUGUCACAAUUUACUCAACUCAAAGUUCUGUCAAAGUCACCACACAAUGUGUUGAUGUAGCCUAAAUGUAGGGCUACAAUAUGAUGAGGUUAUUAGCCUACAGCCUAGUGAAAAUUGGGUUUGUUUUAGCUUACCCAUACCUUUGACUGAAAGAUGUCAGCCAUCUUGUUGGCCCUUUUCCCUCCCCUUGCACCUGGCUAUCAGGGGGAUUUCGGAAGGUUGUGGCUGUUUUUACUUUAUGAUAACCUGCUUAUUGUGGUGACUGUCACAGGGAACAUAUCCAAUUCUCCGCUGAACAGACAAGCAAAUAGGCCUAGUAGUGGAUAUUCAGCACCAUGGAGAACAGCACAGAGGUUGAUCAAAUCCCUACCAAUCGGACUAGUUCAGCCCAUGAACUCGCUUUUGUUAUUGUGACAUCAUGGAACAAUGUUGCAAAUGUCUAUUUCCUCAAGUGCGUUUGUUGACACAAUGUACCAGCCAUUUGUUAACAGUGAGUAUCGCUGUUAAUUUGUGAACGUGAGAUGGAGAUUGCCUUGAGUAACUGCGUCAACAGGUCGUGUGUAGCCUACACAUGAUAGUCAGCAAUGCAAUUUAUAGAAGUCAUGCAUGUAAGUGAAGUUUUCUAUUGAGGACUUUAUGUUGAGUAGGCCAAUAGGCUAAAUAUGGUAGGCUGCUAGCGUUGUGAUGACUGGUCUAAUGUAGGUUAUGAAUGAAGCCAGGGAGUUGAUUUGUUCAUGCAUGCAGCUAUUCGCACGUGCAUAUUUUGUAUUUUUGCAUUAGUGCGCAUAACAUUUUUAUAUUAUUGGUCCACGGGACCCAUCAAUAUUUUUAUCGUAAAACAGGAAGGAGCUUGGACGGGAAGUCCUGGGAUACCGGUCACCGGUAUUAAAGGUCACUGGUAUUAAACCCUAAAGGUCACCGGUAUUAAACCCUAAAUGUCACCUUAUACUAAGAAAUAACACUCCUCUCUGUCCUCGCUACCCUCUCCCUCCCCCUCUACCUCCCUCCUCCCUCCUCAUCACCCCUCUCCCCCCUCCAGGUGCGUUACACCCAGCUGGUGCGUCAGAAGACGAGGAAGCCGGCAGGUCGAUGCAUGGGAGGAGUCAGGGGCGUGCCUGAGGGUCGUCUGGGGGCGAGGGGCGGGUCCAGGAGGUCGGGUUAUGCCUUUGCCCACCAGGAGGGCUUUGGGGAGCUCAUCACCUCUGGGAAGAACAUGAGACUGUCCUCCCUGGCCCUGGCCAACUUCGCCUCCAGACACAGCUCCAGCUGGAUAGACACCCUGCGCAAGAAGAAACACUCAAACACACACCCCCCGCAGAGCGCCUCGGGAGAGAGCAGCCCGGCACCUAGCUAUGUGUCAGGAUCGGCUCCCCCCUUGUCGAAUUCAUCCUCGCUCCUGGGGGGGUCGCAGGAUACGCCCCUGGAGGAGGGAACACACACGCCGCCUGUCAUACUCCCACAGCCGGCUGGUGUCCCUUCCACAAACACACCUCCAGCGUUAGCUCCAGCCCAGGUCCCCUCUGCCGACUCUCUCACCCCCACCUCGGUGAGGAGUCCUGGGGGAGACUCGGUUGGUGGCUGGAACCUUAGUCUGGGAGCUGUACAGGUGAGAUACUGUCAUCUUCUUUAAUCUGUUUCUCACACACACACAACCUAACACACACAACCUAACACACACAUCAGUAACCGUCUCUUCCACCUGUCCUGUAGGAUGCUCUGUUUGGUUGGAGGGGUGCCGCCGCUCGCAUCAGCGGAACCAGCAGCCCGGGACCUCCCCCCGUUCCCAAGGAAACUAACCAUGCCGUGUGAGACACAGACAGAUGGACAGAUGAUAGAAAGAAGAAGGACAGAAGGACGGACGGACGGCUGUCAUAUUCCACUGGAUUCUCUAGGAAUACUUGAAGAAUACUGAACUUGGAAUAUUUGGAAUACUGAACAUGGAAUGUUUGGAAUACUGAACUUGGAAUGUUUGGAAUGGCACACGCCCUGGGUUAGGAAGAGAACCAACUUCUCUGUCUUUCUCAACUAAUGAGGCAGACUGAAAGAAGCACUUCUUCAUGCAAAUGAUGUAACCAUCUGCUAAAGACCUUGGUCCCACAGGGACCUGGAGAGAAACCAGACUCCAUCAGCACCACUGUGGUUCAGACAUGA